AAAGGAUCAGCCGAUUGAAUCGACUGCUCCGACUGCCCAGGCGAGUGUAAGCGGCGACCAAGAGGCAACAAAGCAGGUCGAAAAAUCUGCGGAUGCCCAAGAAAUUGCGUUAGAACCACAGGUACUGAGUCUUAUCGGUAAACGACUCGUAGAGGAUCGAAUUUUGUCGUCAGCUAUUCAUAAAGAUUUGGCUAUCAGAUGGAAAGAUGUCAUCGAAAAAGGUCUCCCAGAGGAGGAAAGAAAAGAAUUAUUGAAGAAAUAUCCUCCACCAGUGAAUUGCGAGUUUAUAGAUCCACCCAAGCUGGAUCUAGAGGUAAAGGCGUCGAUCGAUGUCAACAUCGCAAAGAGAGAUGAUCGAAUUGUAGAGACGCAAGGGAAAAUUACCGCGGCUCUCGCGGCUUUGGGAAAAUCGAUGGAUCUUAUGCUAAAAGGAGAUAAUUUAGAUAAAUUAGUGCUACUCGAACACCUCAGUAGCACAGCUAAUCUCCUCGCAGAUCUUCAGCAUAAUGAAACAGCGAUCCGAAAAAGUUUGAUUCUGAAGAACGUCAGUCCAACCGCCAGAGAAACUCUCAAGGAUACUGUAGCCAAUGCUUGGUUGUUCGGGGGGGGACUAGAUGAAAAAGUAAAAGCAUCAAAGGUUCUUCAACGAUCUGCGCAGGAGCUCAGACCGACAGCAAAGCCUUCAAAAAAUCGGGAUAAUAAAAAUCCAAAAAACUUCAAGAGCCCGCCGCGCCGCUUUCGAUACAAAGCGACCUCUCAAGCGACGGCGAACGGGCAGAAAUCGACGUACAAGCCUCGGGACACAGGAUCCUAUUAUCGCAAUCGCAGUUCAUAUCAGAAGAACCAGCCGGAUCGUCGAAGACGCAAGUAGACACAACCGCAUCCGUUGUGGGAACGGAUUACCCUGGUUGUCGGGACGUUAUCAGGGAGGCGUUCAGAAGAAAGGAAGUACCGGAGGAA